GGACAGCACAGGCGAAGCUCUGAACUCCCCGAGAGUGAAGGUAGUACAGGGAGAGGAAGCAGAAGAACAGAGCUCUGUAGUUUUCGUGACGGCCAAGCCCACAUACUCACACACAUUACUGGACACACAAAUACACACAGGCGUAGACACACACACUUUCACGCACGCACUUUUGGACUUAGGACUCAUCUGUGGACUCCAAAAGCUGCCCUCUGGAACUCUACCUGUGCCUUCCUUGCUCCCACUCAUCACUCUCCUCACCUCUUCACCUACCACCACUCCCUCAGUCCCUCGCAUUGUGAGGGCAGAUGGCCAUCGCGUGGGCCUCUCUCGGGGGUGCCUUAGGCUGUGCCCUGCUGGCCCUAGUCUUGGGGAGCAGCAGCGUGGAUUUGGGCUCCCCCCCUGCAAGCUUCUACCCCCGUUUCAACCCCUUUUUCUUCCUGUGCACCCACCAUGGGGAGCUGGAGGGAGCCGGGGUGGCAGAAGGUGGGGGAGAGGUGCUACUCACCCUCCAAAUUACAGGCAACCCCACUGCCUACACCCCUGGACAGGAGUACCAAGUAACCAUCUCUACCAGUGUAUCUUUUGAUGGUCUGCUGGUGACUGGCCUCUACACCUCCACACCAGUCCAGUCUGCUCCCAUUCCCGCUCCAGCUGCCUUCGGCUUUGGUGUGAUGCCAGAGCGUCAGUUUGGUGGAACCCAGUUUGUUUGCAGUGUGGUCGCUUCCCAUGUUAGCCACCAGCCUUCCACCAGCUUCAGCUUCAUCUGGAUCGCUCCACCACCUGGCACCGGCUGUGUCAACUUUCUAGCUACAGCCACUCAUCGAGGACAGAUAAUUUUCAAGGAUGCUCUGGCCCAGCAGCUCUGUGAACAAGGAGCUCCUACUGAGUCCCCACUGAGACCUAGUCUAGUGGAGGUCCAUGGUAAACAUGCUGUUCUGCGUGAUGACUUUGACUCCAACCUCCUAGGAGAGCUGGACCCCAGCAUAUGGUCUGAGUGCAGUAACUGUGAUGUGGGAGAGCAGUGUGGUGUACUGAUGCAUGGCAGAGCGGUCACUUUCUGUGAGCCCUUUGGAGAGCGAGAGCUGUCUACUGUACCUCUGAACACCAGCACAGCCUCUGUCCUGCAGUUUGCCCUGGGCUCUGGCUCCUGCCGGUUCAGUUACUCAGACCCCAGCAUCACUGUGUCAUACAGCCUAAGUGCUAACCCCAACACCUCAGAUGACUGGAUCACGCUGGAGAAGAUCAGAGCCCCUACCAACAGCAGCACUGUGGUCCACCUGCUUCCCCUGCCUCUGCACUCCAGGGCUGAUGGUGUCCGUCUCCGCUGGUCCCAAGAGGCCCCCCAAGGACCUGAGGGUUAUGAGUCCUGCUGGGGGCUGGACAAUGUGCUGCUGGUUAAUGCUGCUCAUAAAGCCCCCCUCAUGGAAGACAACUUGGACCCACCAGACACCGCCAACUGGCUCUUCUUCCCUGGAGCGACUGUUAAGCAUGCAUGCCAGUCAGAGGGCAAUGCCUUAUAUUUCCACGGUGGUGAAGCAGUCAGCCAUAGCUUUGCCUCUACCAGAGACGUUGAUCUGCAUCGUGAAGAAGGAAGAAGCUACUGGGAAGAAGACUUUGAGAGUCCACCAUCAAACUGGGACAUUGAAGGGGCUGUGUAUGGGACCCAGUGUGGGGAGAUCGAAUCAGGCUCAGCCUUGGUAUUUGAGCUGGAGGGCCGAAGGAGAGUGUGUACACCUUACCUCGACACCACAUCUUAUGGAAAUCUUCGCUUCCACUUUACCAUGGGUGGUGGUGAGUGUGAUCCAGGGGAGUCCCAUGAGAAUGACGUGAUCUUAUUUGGACGAUCCGAAGGCAGACGGGAACGUGUGAUUCUUGACACUCUUCCAUACUCUUCUUACAGAACUCCUGCAGUGGUCUCAGUGGCACUGCCUACCGAGCUACAAACACCAGUCACCCAGUUCUGCCUGGAGCAGCGCUCACAUGGAGGUGCCAACCGUCAUGUAUGGGCAGUGGACUUCAUGCAGCUGCUCCCUGUGCUGCCGGGCACUCACACACAUGUUGCUCAGUUCUCCAUCAACCUAGGCUGUGGCUCCUACCAGCCUGCCAACAGUGUCAGUCUGGAGUUUUCCACCAACCAUGGUCGCUCCUGGUCUCUGUUGCACACCGAGUGUCUCCCAGAGCUCUGUUCUGGACCUCACCUACCUCACAGCACCAUCUACUCUUCUGACAACUACAGCGGAUGGACCAGAAUCUCCAUUCCUCUACCCAACGCUGCCCUGACAGAAACCACACGGUUCCGCUGGAAACAGGCUGGCACUGGAGUAGGCAACAUGUGGGCCAUAGACAAUGUGUAUAUUGGACCUUCUUGUCUUCGUUUUUGCUCUGGAAGAGGACAUUGUUCCCGCACAGGCUGCAAAUGUGACCCAGGCUUCAGUGGUCCAGCCUGUGAACUGGCCUCCCAGACCUUCCCAGCUUUCCUAUCCGAGGGUUUCUCCAGCCCACGUCUUUCCUCCUAUCACAGCUUCUCCUCACUUCGUGGGGCUGAGGUCAGCUUUGGCUGUGGUGUUCUCGCCAGCGGCAAAGCCCUGGUCUUCAACAGGGACAGCAGGAGACACUUGGUUACUGCCCCAUUAGACAGUUCCCAGGCCAGGUACUUACAGUUUACUCUUCGGCUGGGCAGCCGUAGCACCCUGAGUUCGUGCCCUGCCCCAGACCAGCCAGGAGAGGGUGUCCUGCUUCAUUACUCCUCAGACAACGGCAUCACCUGGACUCUGUUGCAGCACUACGCCUACCAAGGCUUCCAUGAGCCAAGAAUUGUGUCAGUAGAACUACCGCCCGGUGCUCGUAAAUUUGGCGUGCAGUUCCGCUGGUGGCAGCCGUAUCAUUCAGGACGUGGCCAUGAUGUGUGGGCUCUGGAUGAAAUCAGCAUGACCUCUGUGUUGUUUAAUACCAUAAGUCUGGACUUCAGCAAUGUUUUGGAUGUGACACAGAGUCUUGGCUUCUAUCUGGGCCAUGUCCAGCCCUACUGCCAGCAUGACUGGACCCUCAGUUUUUCUGGUGAGCCCAGCCCGGGUUCGAGUAUCCGCUAUGUGGAAACCCAGUCGAUGCAGAUCGGCGCCUCGUACAGUCUCCAGUUCUCAUUGGUCAUGGGCUGUGGUCGCGAACCUUCCCCUCACAUUGACACACAGGUCCGCCUGGAGUUCUCCACCAAUCACGGCCUCACUUGGCACCUGGUCAAAGAGGCCUGUCUGCCUGGGAUGCCAAGCUGCUCAGAGUUUACAGCUCCAAGUGUCUACCACCCAUCAGAGUUCAAAGACUGGAGACGUAUCACUCUGUCUCUUCCUCAGAAAACAUGGUCUAGUGCCACACGGUUCCGCUGGAUCCAGAACUACUAUGGCGAGCAGGAUGAGUGGGCCCUAGAUGACAUUUACAUUGGCCAGCAAUGUCCUAAUAUGUGUCACGGACAUGGCUGGUGUGACCAUGGACACUGCAGGUGUGAUGAUGGCUUCUCUGGGACAAAUUGUCAGCCUUCUUCACCCCUCUCAUCUAGCGUACUUUCAGACUUUGAGUCCCAAGAUGCAUUGCUAGCCACGUGGCAGGAGGUGAUUGGUGGUGAGGUAGUCACCCCUGACAUGGGCUGUGGAGUGGUGUCAUCUGGGUCAUCCCUGUACUUCAGCAAGGCUGGGCUGAGGCAGCUGGUGAGCUGGGACUUGGACACUGAAUGGGCAGAGUUUGUGCAGUUUUACCUGCGAGUGGGCGGAGACUGGGCAGAGUGUAACCAGGCAGACAGCAGGGAGGAAGGAGUGCUACUGCAGUACAGUAAUGACGGAGGUAUUAGCUGGGGCCUCAUUGCUGAGAUGUACUUCACUGACUUCACAAAGCCUCGCUUUGUCCACUAUGAGCUUCCUCUGGCCUCUAAAACACCCUCCACAAGGUUUCGUUGGUGGCAGCCUCUUCACUCUGGGGAAGGCUACGACCAGUGGGCAAUUGAUGACGUGAUUAUUUUGUCAGAGAGGGAGAAACACAUCAUACCAAUGGCCAAUCCUACCCUGCCACAGAACUUUUAUGAGAAACCAGCUUUUGACUACCCUCUAAACCAAAUGAGUGUGUGGCUGAUGCUGGGUAAUGAAGGCAUGGAAAGGGAAAGUAACAACAGCUUCUGUGCCCCGACCCCGUCUGCCAUGGUGUUUGGGCGCUCUGAUGGGGACAGAGUGGCUAUCACCAGAGACCUGGCUCUGCGCCCUGGCUACACUCUACAGUUCAAGCUGAACAUUGGUUGUGAGUCAGAUUUCAGUGCAUCUGCCCCAGUCCUGCUCCAGUACUCCCAUGAUGCUGGUCGUACCUGGGCCCUGGUGAGGGAAGGAUGUUACCCAGGAACCCCAGGGACAGGGAUGUGUGAGGGCAGCGGUCGGGAGCUCAGAGAGCCCACCGUAUACAACACUGGAGAUUACGAACAGUGGACGAGAGUCACGGUGGUCAUACCGCGCAACGUUGCAGCCAGUAAAACCAGGUUCCGUUGGUUCCAGGAGAGCAGUUUGUACAGAGAUGCCCCACCUUUUGCUUUAGAUGGUGUCUACAUCUCAGAGCCCUGUCCAAACCACUGUGGCGGACAUGGAGACUGCAUCUCUGGAGUCUGUUUCUGUGAUAUGGGAUACACAGUGGAGCAGGAUAGUUGUGUUCCCUCUGUAGCCAGUCCUACAGAGCUGACUGAAGGCUUUGAGGGAAAGCUCAGUCCACUCUGGCAGAGUCUCAGUGGGGGACAAAUCGGAGGGGGCUGUGGUAUCAUCGGUGAAGGCAAGGCCCUUUACUUCAGCAGCCCAGGGAGGAGAGAGGCCCGCACAGUUCCUCUAGACACCAGCAACACCCGGUUGGUCCAAUUCUAUAUCCGUAUUGGGAGUAAGAGUCUAGGACCGACUUGCACCAGGCCUCGCUCUCGCAAUGAAGGAGUAAUUGUCCAGUUCUCUACCAACAAUGGAGUCCAGUGGCAGUUCCUCAGGGAGCUGGACUUUAGUUCUUUCCUGGAGCCUCAAGUAGUAACUAUCGAACUGCCACCUCCAGCUAAAACCCCUUACACUGUAUUUCGGUGGUGGCAGCCACAGCAAGGGAAACACUCUGCCCAGUGGGCUCUCGAUGAUGUUCUGAUUGGUAUGAAUGACAGCUCCAGAACAGGUUUCCAUGACAAGUUCGAUGGCACAACCCCUCUGAGGCACAACUGGUACCGUAUUCAGGGUGGGGAGGUGACUGUGGACUGUUUAUCACUGGACACAGCACUAACCUUCAACUCUGAGGCUAUUGAUAAAAAGCCAAGGUAUGCAGAGAGCUGGGACUUUGAAGUGUCAGGCUCAUCCUUCCUGCAGUUUGAGCUGAGUAUGGGAUGUAGUAAGUCCACCUCAUUCUCCCACGGCGUGCGACUUGAGUACUCCACAGACUGUGGUCGUCACUGGGCUCUCAUCACUCCGGAGUGUGUUCCCCCAGCCAUUGGCUGUGCUGGCUACACUCAGAGCUCCAUCUAUACCUCAACUCAGUACAAACACUGGAGGAGGAUCACUGUUUACCUGCCCAGUGCUGCCAAUUCCCCAAGAACUCGAUUCCGUUGGAUCCAGAGCCAUUUCACUCCAGGGGCAGAAGGUUGGGCACUGGAUAAUGUUUUACUGGCACCUGGCUGUCCGUGGAUGUGCUCUGGACAUGGUCUGUGUGACAAUGGCCGUUGUUUGUGUGAUAAGGGUUAUGGCGGGGCACACUGUGUACCCCUGACACCCCUUCCCUCUGUGCUGAGAGAGGACUUCAAUGAAAACCUGCAACAGGAGACAUGGCCUGAAGUUUACGGAGCAGAGAGGGGAACUCUGAGUGGAGAACCUCUUAAAUCUGGCACUGCGCUUAUUUUCAAAGGAGAUGGUCUGCGUAUGAUUGUGUCACGGGAUCUGGACUGCACAAACACGCUCUACAUUCAGUUCUCCUUCAAAUUCAUCACCAAAGGUGUCCCAGAGCGCUCUCACUCAGUGCUACUGCAGUACUCUGUGAAUGGAGGAAUCAGUUGGCUGUUGUUGGAUGAGUUUUACUUCCCUGCUUCCACGGACACCUUGUUCCUCCACCUGCCACUGCCAGCCAGUGCCCAGACCAACGCUACUCGGUUUAGACUCUGGCAGCCUUACAACAGUGGUAAAAAGGAGGAGGUGUGGGUGAUAGAUGAUCUCAUAAUUGAUGGCAGCUCCUUACACAACCCACCAGUGGUAAUAGACAGCUUUGAGGAGGGCCCCAAUGAAUCCAACUGGCUCUUCUUCCCUGGAGGAAACACUGGCCUGUACUGCCCCUACCAGAAAACUGGACUGGAGGAGGAUGAGUCAGCGAUGGUGUUUGUCUCCAGCGAGCUGGGAGAGCACUCUAUUACCACCAGGGACAUUGACGUAAAUGAGAACACUAUCAUUCAGUUUGAGAUUAAUGUGGGCUGCACAGCUGAGAGCUCCUCAACCAACCCGGUGCGCCUUGAAUUUUCACGGGAUUUUGGUGCCACCUGGCAUCUUCUGGUACCUUUGUGUGCUGGUGGGCCCCAGCCAUCUUCACUAUGCUCUACGGAGCUUCACCCUGCCAGUAUCUUCUUCCCUGGUACAACACAGGGCUGGAGAAGGGAGGUCAUCCAUUUUGGGAAGCUACGCCUCUGUGGUUCAGUGAGGUUCCGCUGGUAUCAGGGUUUCUUCUCAACUGGUUCUGCUCCUCCAACAUGGGCACUAGACAAUGUCUACAUUGGCCCACAGUGUCAGGACAUGUGUAAUGGCCAUGGAGCCUGUGUGGGUGGUACCCACUGUGUGUGUGAUCCCGGAUACUCUGGACCUGACUGCUCUGUACCUGACACUCCCAACCCUGACUUCUUAAAGGAGGACUUUGAAGGAGGAGCUGUGGAUGCUGAGCAUUUCAGACUUCUGAGUGGUGGUAAACCAUCCAGGAAAUGUGGUAUCAUGUCAAGUGGAAACCACCUGUUUUUCAGUGAGGAUGGCCUGCGUAUGUUGGUCACAAAUGACUUAGACCUGUCCAAUGCCAGGUUUGUACAGUUUUUCUUGCGUCUGGGCUGUGGUAAAGCUGCUCCAGACCCUCGAUCCCAGCCUGUGCUGCUGCAGUUCUCUGUGGAUGGAGGGCUGACCUGGGGACUCCUGCAAGAAUUUCUCUUCAGCAACAGCAGCAAUCAGGCUCGGCUGGUCGCUUUGGAGAUCCCACUGCGGGCCCGGACCACUUCAACACGUCUCCGCUGGUGGCAGCCUUCAGAAAAUGGACACUUUUACAGCCCGUGGGUCAUUGACCAGGUGGUGGUAGGUGGCAGUGCCAGUGGCUGGGGACCACUGGAAGAUGAUUUCUCCUCUAUUGAUGGUCGAUCGUGGCUCCUACACCCUGGGGGAACUCGAAUGCCUGUUUGUGGCUCUGAUGGGCCAGCGUUUGCCUUCAUAGAGAAGUCUAACACUCGCUAUGCUGUCACCACUGACAUCAGUUUGGGUCAAGACGCCUUCAUCCAGUUUGAUUUCUCUGCCUCUUGCUCUGUCACGAACUCCUGCUACUCUGUAGAGUUGGAGUACUCUCUGGAUCUAGGCUUGACCUGGCAGCCAGUGGUCAGAGACUGUCUACCUACAAGCCCAGACUGUUCCUCCUACACUCUGCAGAGGCUGCUGGUUUCAGACACAUACAAUAAAUGGGGUCGUGUUACUCUGCCAAUACCUUCUUAUGCAAGGUCCCCUGCCACAAGGUUCCGCUGGUUCCAACAGGCUCCCUUUGACAAGCAGCAGACCUGGGCUCUGGAUAACCUUUACAUUGGAGAUGGAUGUCCAGAUAUGUGCUCAGGACAUGGACACUGUCAGCAAAGCUCCUGUGUGUGUGACCCAGAGUGGGGUGGAGAGUACUGCGACGAGCCUGUGGUUCCUCUGCCGUCUCAGCUGAAGGACAGCUUUAGUCGCGCUCCAUCUCUCAGCCAUUGGCACAUUCUCACCGGUGGGAAACUCAGCACUGUUUGUGGCGCUGUGGCCUCUGGAGCCGCUCUGCACUUCAGUGGAAGUUGCAGUCGUCAGCUGGUGACAGUGGACUUGAACCUGACUAACGCAGAGUUCAUACAGUUUUACUUCAUGUACGGCUGCAUGAUCCCACCAAGUAACCGCAACCAGGGUGUACUUCUGGAGUACAGUCUGAACGGAGGAAUCAACUGGCAUCUAUUAACUGAGAUCUUUUAUGAUCUGUACACCAAGCCUGGGUUUGUGAAUGUGCUGCUGCCCCCUGCUGCUCGACAGGAGGGAGUGCGUGUGCGCUGGUGGCAGCCGCAACACGACGGGGCAGACCACAGCGACUGGGCUCUAGACAAUGUCCUGAUCGCAGGCUCUGACCCUCGAGCUCAGAUCUCUGACACAUUUGGAGGUGUGGCGCUACCCAGCCAUGAGAGAUCACCAGCUGAUGAGACUUCAGGGAGGAUAGGUCAGCUGAGUGAGCAAGAGGAAGCACCCAUAGUGAGCGACCAUUGGUUGUUCUCAGAGGACUGCUCCGUUCAGCGAUUCUGCAGCUCUCCUGAUGGAGUGAUGGUUUGCGGCAACGAUGACGGAAGAGAGGUGUACGCUGUCACACACGAUAUUAUUCCUGAUAAGGGUUGGGUCAUGCAGUUCAAGAUUGCAGUUGGAUGCAGCUUACCGGAGCGUCACGCAGACCGACAGGUUCAUGUUCAGUACUCAGUAGACUUUGGAGUGACGUGGAAGUACCUGGUGCCCCAGUGUCUACCAGCUGACCCACGCUGUGGAGGUCAGGUCUCCCAGCCGUCAGUCUUCUUCCCUGCUGACGGAUGGAAGCGAGCAGUCUAUCUGCUUCCUGACAGUCUCGCUGACACUGCAGUACGGUUCCGGUUUUACCAGCAGCACUCAGACAUUCAGUGGGGUGUGGAGAACUUUUACAUUGGUCCAGCAUGUGACAGCCACUGUGGGGGUCAUGGGGACUGCCUGGAUCAGCGCUGUCUAUGCGAUCCAGGAUUCACUGGACCAAACUGCUAUGCCAGCACUGCUCUAAAGGCUUCCCUGAAGGAGCGUUUUGACUGGGAAGGGUCUGCAGGCCCUCAGUGGCAGGUGUUGGAGGGUGGUAGACCCUGCACAGACUGUGGUGUCUUGGUCGAGGGGACAGCUUUAUAUUUUGGAGGGGCAGAUGCCAGACAGGCUGUCACUGCUGACCUGGACCUGCGUGGAGCCAAGUUUGUGGAGUACUGGGCGCGGAUCGGAAGUGAGGAUAACAUGACCAUGUGUCACCGUCCAACUUGUCGUAAAGAGGGCGUGCUCCUGGACUAUUCUACUGAUGGAGGUGUGUCCUGGACUCUGCUGCAUGAGAUGGAUUAUCUCAAAUAUGUGUCAGUGAGGAGAGAUUAUAUUGUCCUCCCAGAGGGAGCAUUGACAAAUGCCACUCGCCUGCGCUGGUGGCAGCCAUUUACAGUUUCCUCCGGUUUGGCCACCCCGAGUCUAGAAAGAGCACAGUGGGCCAUAGACAACAUCUUGGUGGGUGGGUCGGACAUCAAUCCAUCCACACUGCUUGACACAUUUGAUGAUGAGGGUGUUUCUCAUGAGGAAAGUUGGAGUUUUUAUCCUAAUGCUGUGCGCACAGCUGGCUUCUGUGGAAAUCCAUCUUUCCACCUCUAUUGGCCCAACAAGAACCAAGACAGGACACACAACAUCCUGGCCACACGAGAACUCAUAGUACAGCCUGGUUAUAUUUUACAGUUCAAGAUUGUUGUUGGUUGUGAGGCAGACACUUGUGAAGACCAUCAUUCUGUCCUGCUGCAGUACAGGAAGGAUGCAAGGUCUGACUCGUGGCAGCUGGUACAGUCUGAAUGCCUCCCCUCCUCAGUCAACAACGUGGGCUGCUCUCCUUUCCAGUUCCAUGAAUCUACAAUUUAUAGUCCAGUCAACAGUUCAACAUGGACCAGGGUCACCGUCCAGCUGCCAGACCACGUCUCUUCAGGGGCCACCCAGUUCCGCUGGAUUCAAAAGGAGGGCACAGGAGAACGGCAGAGCUGGGGAGUGGACCAUGUUUAUAUUGGAGAGGCCUGCCCAGGGCUCUGCAGCGGCCAUGGCUACUGCACCAGCGGAGUGGUCUGCAUCUGUGAUGAAGGACAUCAUGGUGAUGACUGCUCCCUCUCCAGCAGUGACCUACCCAGCUCCAUCAAGGACAAUUUUGAGUCCGGCAGCGUGUCUCAGGAGAGCUGGCAGCUGAUCCAAGGUGGAGGAGUGGGCAGUGGAUGUGGGCAGCUGUCACCACAUGCCCAUGGAGACUCACUCUACUUUAAUGGCUGUAAGAUGAGGCAGGCAGUUACAAAACCGCUGGACCUCACUAGAGCCAGGUACAGUAAGAUCAUGUUUGUGCUGCAAAUUGGCAGCGUGGCACAGACAGAGAGUUGUAACAUAGCUCUGGACCAGGCUGACACAGUGGAUCGAGCUGUGCUGUUGCAAUACAGUGUCAACAAUGGAGUCAGCUGGCAUGUAAUCGCGCAGCACCAGCCUAAAGACUUCAUAAAGGCCCAGAGAGUCUCCUACAACAUCCCCCUAGAGGCACGGGUCAAAGGGGUGAUGCUGCGAUGGUGGCAGCCGCGCCACGACGGUGCAGGACAUGACCAGUGGGCAUUGGACCAUGUGGAAGUAGUUCUUGUCAGCACCCGUAAACAAAACUACAUGAUGAACUUUGCCAGACAGACCGGCGUGCGUCACUACUACAGCCGCAAGAGGCGGGCUCUGCGACAGCGUGCCUGAACCCACCAAGAAGGGAUUCGCCCUCUGACCUGCCAAUCACACAUCGACCCGCCACGUGCAUACUUUUUUCUCCUGACGACAUAUCACCCUGUCGAGUCCCGUCCACCAGCGGGUUCCAGUCAGCCUUACCCGUCUCUGUCUGCCUACCCUCCGCCACAAAACACGGACCAUCCAAUCAGUUUACCAGCCAUUUACGGCCAUCCCAACCACACGGGUCGGUGGGAUUGAAACUCAGAAAGAAGGAGUGAAGCGACCAUUUUGUUUACUUUUUCCAUGGACGGUCGGGGUUUCCUGUUGUUUUCUAAUUGUUGCUGUGGUUCCUCUAAGUCCUGUUCCCACUGCAAAUCCCCUCCCUCUGGCUUACCUCCCCAAACCCCUCCCCCUCCCACCUGUUCCUACCACACUGUGAAAUUGAGAGAUAAAAUAUUACUGCUGAACUGACCAGCCAAUUGGAGAGCCGCCUCCCAAUUCCACUGAGCCACCGGGGGAGGACCACUCCACUGCCGCCCACCAGUACGCCAGGAGAAAGACCAUAACGACGAUACUGACCAUUAAGAGGAAUAACGGUGAUGAAGCUACAUAAAAAAAAAAGGAAAAAAAAGAAUACUGUGUUCUUGCUGUUCUGUGUGUCUGUGGGUUCUUUUUGUGAUGAGUUGACUGUGGUGUUCUGUUCAUUUGUUUGUUCGUUUUCUACUAAUUCAUAUGCUUUUACGGGAGGAGGGGAGGGGGGUGCUGGGUUCUGUUUCCUUUUCCUCGUUUAACUGGAAUGGAAGUGGGCAAGGCGGAGCAAGCCUCGCCUCCACAGCAAGAAGGAACGAAAGAACGAUUUGCACGAUGGGGAAAAGAGAAAAGAAGAAAAAAAUUAAAGACUGAACAAUGUUUUUUGUUUUUUUUUUGUUUUUUUGUUUUUUUUAUCAUUUUUUAUAUAUGUUGGUUCCCGAAAAUACAGAUAUUUAUGGUAAAUGGUUCUUCACGUAACCUAUUUAAGAUGCACUGUGCGUGAAAUCUGUAUGUUAUUUUCUAGUGUUAAGUUAUUAGGCAGUCGAGUCAGGCUCUCAGACUGCAUCAUCUCCCUCUUCCCUCUUCUCUUGUGCUGUUUCCCCCCCACCCAAACCCCUCUAUCUCUCUCUCUCUCUGCUGAUUUCUGAUACCUGGAGGUGAGGCUCUAUUAGUGUUGUUUUUUGAAGUCUGUGUAAUAUGGACCCUCUGCCCUCAGUGUAACUCCAGUAUAGCAAUCUCCUGUAUAUAUAUGUAUAUCCACUAUGGGGAGACCCAGCAGCCUUAUAAAAGGGAAAUAAAGAACUGUCCAAACCUCA